AUGGCGAGUAAUCGGAUCAGCCCCCUUCGUCCUGCUGCCCGCUCUGGCCGGUCCGACCGGUCUCCAGUUCGAAACCCACCACCUUCCUACCAAGACAUUGACCCUUUAUUAAGCAAUUUAUCCCCCGAGUCCACCCUCCAGGCCCUUUCCUCGACAGAUGCUGUACCGAAAAACGAAAAGGCCGCCCACGAUAUCCUCUGCAAAAGCAUCUCUCAGGUCUCCCCCGCAGAGCGGGCGCUUGCAAUUCGAGCGGCUGUCGCGGCGCAGAAAUUAAGCUUGUGGUAUAAGGAGGUUCAGUCAUGGACCUGGCCAAAGCGGACGGAUGUUCACCUGGGAAAAGGCUUCAUCCCGCCUUCCAACAAUGUCGCCAGCGUGGAAUAUUAUGGCAGUCUUCCUGCGGACGUGGUCAUGCGAAAUGAGAAGCGGAUCGAGGAAAUUAGGGAUGGGAUGGAUAACUUGGAUGUGGAGGAGUUGAAAGAACACGUUCUGAAUGCCCACAUUCCUUCGCGGUCUCGGCCUUCGUCAUCCAACAGCACCAUGUCCGUGCCUCCUCCCCUCAGCUAUGUUCAGCUUAGCGAUUUCACCGCCGUCAUUACUGCCACUAUCCUACGAGCCCUUCCCUUCCUAUCUCGAUUGAACAGUCUUCUUUCUACCUGGGACGUCCGGUUACUUGUUCUUCGCCAAAUACCGGGUCUGUUAAGAGGCCUGCAGUUGACCAGAUCUGCAUUAGAUUCCUCCAUGAGCUCAUUGCGGGCUGCCGGUCCACCGAACAAAGACGAUGCUCUGUAUUCCAAAUCUCAUUUCCAUGCCAAACAUGUCGAACUUCAGACGAUGGUUGUUUCUGUCGGCAGGCGGAUGGACAAUAUUCUCGAUGCGUUGGAGGGCUGGGAGGACUCUUUACCCGAAAACUGGAUUGACGAUUUGGAAGCGAUUGAAUCUGACUUUGGCACAUGGGUGGUAGAAGCUGAACGCCGCGCAUUUCAAAACGAAUGGAUGCGCCAAAAAGCAUCGCCUCAGCCUGAGGAAACCAACCGACUACCCGACAUACCACGCCGCACAGAAGAGCCCGUUGUCAGCGCACCUGAUCCAGUCAGACAUCAAGGACGCUCACCAUUGAUGGAGACUAUCAAUGAAGAGUCCAAUGAAUCGAGUGCAGCCAUUGCUCCUACAGCAGAUCAUCCAACGCUCGAGUCCCAGGUUACGUCUACCCCCACUAAAGGCGACCAUGCGAUGGAAAACUCGCUCCACACGCCGUCGAAUGCGCGACCAGAGGAAGCACAUACUACACCAAAGGUGGCCGAAAUCCCGGGAAACACAACCACGACUGUAGCAGAUGCCGUGACUACUCUUAAUGAUAAGACUUCUUCACAGGAAGCCCUUGUGCCUGUAGUGGCAGAUGUCGAAGAACCUGCUUGUGCCUCUCAAGACAAGGAGUUGUCUUCCGCUGGUUUGCAAACAGAAACUGCAGCUCCAUCAUCUACAGAUGCUCAGUCAGAAAAACCACCAGUCCUGACUGACUCUGAGGCUAAAGGCAAACCUUGUCUGGACUUGCCUUCUACUCUGCGAAAUGAAGAUUCUGUCGCUGAAGAGCCAUCUGAGUCUGACAAGCCCUUCGGCAGUGUGUCGUCUGAGGAUGUCUCGCAGUCCUUGAUCGAAUCAAAUUUGCAGACAGGGACCCUAGUUGAUACAGCGCAAUCUCCCAGUGUGCCUGAUCCUGUCGACGAUCUACCUCGUUCUAAGGACAAUGCGCCUCCCCUGGUUAAGGUUGAACCCUCGGCUGAGGACGAGUCUGCAACUCUUGCAAGCAUAAUCGGUGAGGCUGCCACUACUGAAGUGCCUGCCUCCAUGGUGUCAGUCACCCGCGAGCCAUCGCAAUCUGCUAGAUCUCGCAGUGCGUCACCGGAACCUUCGAAGCCCUCGAUCCCAUCUACGAAUCAGCAACCAGCAACUCAAGAGCCCUCAAAGGAGGACGUGUCAAAUGGGUCUCCACCCUCGAAACAACCUUUGGAGAGUCCAAUUAAACUUUCCAAGGCUCGACCAGGCCGCCUAAGUUUGGACAAAGACAGCAAAAAGUCGAGACGUCGACGUCAGUCAAACGAUUCCGCAGAUUCUCUCUCUGACUAUACAUCACUCGUGUCUAGUCCCGAGAUGCGGGAGCCUAGGACUGCCUCAUCGAAUGGAACCCCUCUACUGUUCGACACACCGCCGCAUUUCCACGCCGAGUACCCUCAUUCCGGUCUUACCCCCUCCCACGGCGACCACACCCUGCGAGAAGACCGCUUACUUCGACUUGAUGAUCAGAAGCCCUCCCCGAACACAUUACUCAAGCAUAACCGGACAGUCAGCCUGCCCCUGCAGCGCUUUAUCAACGAAAGGCUUGACUUGAAUUAUGAAGGAGAGACGGGUCUUGGUCUGGAUAAUUCGACCACCGGCAGGAGAGCUUCUGUUGUGUCUGCCGAUCUGCAGUCCCAUAGCGAGCAACAUGGCACACCGCUGUCACAUAAAGGGAAAUCCUCCACGCCUACCAGUAGUAUCCGACGUCCCGCAGGCCAACGCGUUCAGCAUUCCCAUGAAGAAAGUCGCAAAUCGGCCCCCAGCCCUGGCUUGAAGCUUCCCAAAAUUCGAGAGCAGAACAAGAGUCGCCUGUCGCAGAAAUUGCCUCAGCAAGCCCUUCGUCAAGAACGGCCUGUCGCCCACGCAGCUACCACUCGCUUGAGGAAGCAGUUAGCGGCAAACUCGAGCGUUGAGAGUCUAGUAUCAUCUAAAUCUGGUUCACAUAAGAAGGAGGGGUCUUUGCGCGGUUCAAGUGCUGCGCCAACCCCAACUGGGUCUCGAUCAUCUACGCCAAACAAACAGCCAAGUAAACAGCCCAGAAAGCCGAAAGACCACCUUGAUGAGAAGAUUAGCUCUAUUCUUACAACGCUCCCGACUCGGAUUCAACUAGUGUCGUCCGCAAAUCGUGACAUUGAUGGGGCCUCCGUGGCUUCUGUUCCGCAGAAGACACACGAGAGAUUCCGUUCAGAAUCCCCUCAGGGAUCACCGUCACGCUGCGGCACACCAGCCCCAUCUAUGACUCUGACACCUGCUGUUUCUCGUCGGAGACAUUCCCAUGCGCCUGAGGAAAGCUCUGUGAAGCUUUACCAUUUACAUCGCGGUGGGAAGGCUCCCGCCACAAAGCUCUUUGUUCGAACUGUGGGAGAAAACGGGGAACGUGUUAUGGUUCGAGUUGGCGGCGGAUGGGCAGACUUGGGUGAAUAUCUCAGAGAAUAUGCCAUCCAUCAUGGGCGCCGCAGUGUGGCGGAAACUCCUCGCGUCGAGGUUCAGGGCCUCUCGCCCCGUGUUUCUCCGGGGUACUCACCCGGGAACAUGCUGGCACCAACUCCCAAUAAUGGAAGAACCACACCGUCUCGACCCCAAUCUGUUCUUGGUAACCGGCCUUCUUCGUCUCUUGCUGUCCGUAAGACAAGGCGUUCAUCAAACGUUUCGGACAUUACAGACUUUAGAGCUACGAGAGCGGCGAGUGCUGGUGAGAUGUUGAACAUAUCUUUUUCGUCAAUGUCCGCCUCCUCCCGACGACUUUCCAUGUCCUCUAACAAUUCCUUUGGUGGUACAUCACUUGCGAGCGAGGUCCAUAAUGGGUCAUCUGCGCAUUCCCCCGCCACAACCAUUGCUGCAGGUAGCGCUCGCUCAGCUCCCCUUGGCUUAGCAGGGCCGCGGUCAAGACAUGUGGCUAUUAGCCCCGAAAGUGAGGCUUGGGUCGAAGACGUUCUUGGCCAGGCACGGAGAAGUGCCUCUAUGAAGACAUCCAAAUUCCACAUUCCUCCCCCAGAGCGGGACACCGCUCCUCCCUUACCCAAAAUUUCAUCUUUGCCCAAAUCCAGAAGUGUCAGCGACAUGGGGUCGGCUGGCACCAGCAAGCGCGUUGCUUUGCGUGGACUGGGCAAUAGAAUCACCUAA